GUGCUAUCGGAAUGCUAUCGCAAUCGAAGUCCUGCACAGUCGUUUGAUAUGGAUGAAAACGGUUUAAUUUAUGGGUUGGAAUUGCAGGCUCGUGCGUUAACUCCUCAGUAUGGUGAAUGCAAUGAGGUACGUUUUUUUAUAGCCACGAACUCGCUGAAGCCCACAAACCAAGUCCACCUGCUUCAGUACAAUGAGGAGCAAGGCAACAUACAGUCCAAGAUUUUCGAGCAUGCCUUGGGUGAGGUAUGGAAGCUCAACAGCUGUCCAAACGACGCACGUUUGUUAGCAUCUGUAUACAAUGUACAAAACGGGGCACAGGUGUUGACACAAGCAGCUUUGCUGACGUUACCCCAGAAUUUGGAUAGUGAUGAAAACGAGCAGAUAAAAAGUGAAUACAUUCCCUGGGCGCAGGUGGAGAAAUUGGAUACUGGGCGGUUGGGUGAGCGCGUGAAGACCAUUGAAUUCCAUCCCAGUCAAGAGCAGACAAUGGGUUGCGUGAUCGACAAUAAGUUGGCAAUCAUGCAGCGUGCCGAAUCUUCAACACGUGUGGUGGCUGAAGUGAGUAGUACGGGUUCGAGUACGAAGCACAUGUCGCCUUUCACCACUGGCAAGUGGUCACAUCAUCACCAGGGGCACCAAUUUCUGGCACUGCACGACUGCAGCGUGCGGGCCUACGAUGUGCGUGAUGUUCAGCACUGUGCCUGGUCGAUCGAAGAAGCGCACGGUCAGCUAGUGCGCGACGUGGACUGCAAUCCGAACAAACAGUGUCACCUAGCCACAGGUGGGGACGAUGGUUAUCUCAAGGUCUGGGACUGCCGUAUGCCGAAGGCGCCGGUUUUCGCCCGUAGUGAUCAUUCGCAUUGGGUGUGGUCCGUCCGUUUCAACACAUUCCACGACCAGCUGAUCCUCUCCAGCUCGAGUGAUUGCAAGGUGCUGCUUACCUGUGCCGGAUCGGUAAGUUCAGAAGCUGAGGGGACUAGUGCGAGUGGUUUGGAAAGCACAAUCUCGGCUGGCAUGGACGACCGCCGCAAAUUGUUUUUGGAUGGCUUGCUACAAACGUUCGAUCAACACGAAGAUUCGGUUUAUUGUGUGGAGUGGAGUAAUGUGGAUCCAUGGAUUUUUGCAUCGCUUAGCUAUGACGGGCGAGUUAUAAUCUCAAAGGUGCCCAAGCAGUACAAAUACCAGAUUAUCUUUUAAAACAAUAUAUUAACAUACAUACAUAAAUAGUAUAAAUAGUGCUUAUAAAUAAACCGAUCAUAUUUGAAAAUUUAA